AUGGAGCUCAAAGGCAAUGGCCUCCCUUAUGAUGUGAUCCAUGUGUCUGAAUUGGGUGAAGAGGAUGCUGGUGUUGUAUGGUCAUUUCCAGAAACUCUUCGAAAAUAUCCACCGGUUCCGAUGUUAAACCGUGAAUGCACCAAAGCCUACAAAAUACCUGACACGGACAUUGUUCUGGAGAAGGGAAUCUUAACGGUUAUACCCGUCUUUGCCCUUCAUCACGACCCUAAGUAUUAUCCUGACCCUGAGAGAUUCGACCCGGAGAGAUUCAGUGAAGAGGAAAAGGCGAAGAGGCACAAUUAUGUGUACCUGCCCUUCGGAGAGGGUCCCAGGAUAUGCAUAGGAAUGCGGUUCGGUCUGAUGCAAACCAAAGUGGGACUUGUCUCUCUUCUGUCCAAGUACCAGUUCAGUCUCAGUGAGAAAACUCCGGUUCCAUUGCUUAUAGAUGCAAAGGCAAUAUUUUUAUCACCUGUUGGUGGAAUGUGGCUGCAGAUUAAGCAGCGCGCUAAAUAGAGCGCUACUCUACAAUUUGGAACACUCAGCGUUUACAAUAGAAACUGGUUUAAAAUUCAUUAAAAUUCUUUAAAAUUGAUUUGUCAUUACAGAGAGACAUAUUGUGCUGGAUUUAUUCAUCAUAUGAAGCGUCUUUCAGAUCCAUGUUCUCACAUUUGUUGACAGUUUC